AUGGAUAAAGAAACAUCACUUUACUGCUCUCAACAGCAAAAAAAUGAAUUAGUUCAGCUGUUGCAGUCCCAGCAAUAUGCAGUAUUGCUAACUGGGAAAUUUACUGGAAAUUUUACUUUCAAAGAAGCCCAAGAAAAAUGGAAAGAGAUUGCCUCCAUCCUAAACUCCAUACCAGGGUGUAAUAAAGAUUGGAAACACUGGAGAAAGACAUGGCAGGACAUUCGUUCUAAGACAAAAAAGAGGCAAGUCGAUCAGACCAAAUAUACACGAGGCAUAGGAGGUGGACCCAGCACCAAGUGCCCACUGAAUGAAAAUGAGAAGAAGAUUGUUUCCUUGAUAAAUCCAACUGAAAUAACAGGAAACAUGAAUAUUCUAGAAACAGAUAUCACCUUCAGUUUCGAGGACAUCCAGCAAGAAGUUGAUAUCCCAGAUAUUGAUGUAUCUGAGUUGGUGGAUGAAAAUGCUGCACUUGUUCAAAUACCAAUUUGUAAUCAAGGAAACGAUAUUCCCAAAUCUGAUCAUCAGUAUUGUGAGGCAAAAGAACAAAAAAUUACUGAGAAAACACCUAGAAGCAUACCUAUUCAAAAACAAAGGUUCAAAGAGAGUUUAAUAGCUUCUAGGCAGUUGACAUCCUUAGCAAAAGAAAAGUUACACUAUAAAAAAGAAUAUUAUGAUAAAAAAAUAAUUCUCAUGGAGAGGCAAAUUAUAGCUCUAGAAAAGUUGGUUGAAUGUUUCAAAAAGUGAAUGUUUCGUUCUGAUUUCUUACAUGGUGACAUUCAUUUGCUAUAUUUGAAAAUGCAAGCAGUUGACACAAAUUCAAUAAUUUAGUUCAUUUCUGUAUCAGAAAAUAUAUUCUAGAGUUCAAAGUAAUCAAAAUAAUUCUCACUAUAAAUUAGGACAUU